AUGCUUCUCGACGCGGAGCUGCCGCAAGGGCUCUGGCCGUAUGCCUACAAGCAUGCAAUCUACCUCACUAAUCGCACUCCGACGUCCGCCCUAGACGGCACAUCCCCGUUCGAGAAGAGGUUCGGAUCACCCCCAGACGUCAGUCACCUGCGCGCGUGGGGAACGAAGGUGUGGGCGAAAAAGGACAACACCGCCAAGCUUGCUCCGCGUGGAGCUGUCGGCCGUUUCGUUGGGUUCAGCGAGCAACACAAGGAUGCCAUCCUCGUCUACUGGCCAGAGCGGCGUGCCGGGGCGACAGGCGCUGCACGCACGGAUGUCCCUCUCAACGCAUCCCCUUCCGCAACUACUCCCUCCACCGUCGACAAUCCCCCUUCUGCACCCAACUCCCCCGAGACUCCUGCUCCGAACGACACCCCUGGCGACGAGGAAGCGGUCGAAGACCCCCUACAGGAGAACCUCAUCGAGCAAGCUCCCACCGAAGAGCUACUGGGAAGAGGCCACCGUAUUCGUAAGCCUUCCGCCUUACUCAGGCGCAUCGCAGCCGGAGAAGGCUCAGCGAACGGCAGACCCACU